AUGGAAUUUUGUAGUGAAAUUGUAUCUGCAUCUCUCCUCUACACUUACAAGAGGAGUUUCCAUGGAUUUUCCAUAAAGCUUACAAACGAAGAGAAGCUAAAAGUAGAAGCCAUGUAUGGUGUGUUUUCUGUUUUCCCUAAUAGAGAAAAGGAGCUCCACACGACAAGGUCUUGGGACUUCUUGAGCUUUCCUCAACAUGUCAAUAGAAGUACUGUCGAAAGUGACAUCAUCAUCGGAGUGACUGACAGUGGGAUCUGGCCAGAGUCCGAUUGCUUCAAUGAUAAAGGAUUUGUUCCUCCACCAAACAAAUGGAGGGAGUUGCCAAAACCUCAACAAUUUCACCUGGACUCAACUGGCCAUGGAACACACACGGCAUCAACGGCAGCUGGAGGCCUGGUGAGCAUGGCAAGCCUAAUGGGACUUGGAUUGGGAUUUGGGAACAGCUCGAGGCACGCAUUUGAUGAUGCCAUUGCCGAUGGGGUUGACAUUAUAUCUAUUUCACUUGGCUCCAGAGGGUCCGUUGCUUUAGAUUAUUUCAUUGAUUCAAUAGCCAUCGGAGCCUGUCAUGCCAUCAAGAAUGGGAUAUUGACCUCGGCCUCAGGAAUUUCAUUAAACACAUUUGACCCAAAAAACUCCAUGUAUGCCAUGAUCUAUGGUGGAGAUGCACCCAAUAUUACUGGAGGUUUUAAUCGGUCCUUGUCCAGGUAA